AUGAACCGGACGCUCAGCACGAGGGCAGGAGGGGCCGGCCGGUCCUACAGCGCUGCCUCGGCCAUCGUUCCGGGCAGCGGCAGGGCUGGCUUCAGCUCUGCGUCGGCGGCGCGCUCGGGGGGAGCGGGAGGAGGCUUUGGGAGGCUCGGAGGAGGAGGUGGCGGCUCUGGCGGUGGUGCGGGUUUUGGCAGCAGGAGCCUCUACAACCUUGGGGGCAGCAAGAGGAUUUCCAUCGGGGUGGGCAGCACUGGUGGUGGCCUUGGGCUGGGGCUUGGUGCCGGAGGAGGCGGAUUUGGUGGCGGUGGAGCUGGUGGCGGCCUUGGGCUGGGGCUUGGUGCUGGAGGUGGUGGGUUUGGCUUUGGUGGGGGUGCUGGGGGGCUUGGCUUUGGUGGUGGGCACGGAGGUGGAUUUCCUGGUGGCCCGUCUGGAGUGGGUACAAUCCAAGAAGUGACUGUGAACCAGAGUCUCCUGGCACCACUGAACCUGGAGAUAGACCCAAACAUCCAACAGGUGCGGAAAGAUGAGAAGGAGCAAAUCAAGACCCUCAACAACAAAUUCGCUUCUUUCAUUGACAAGGUGCGCUUCCUGGAGCAGCAGAACAAGGUGCUGGAGACCAAAUGGACCCUUCUGCAGGAGCAGGGCCAAAAAAACAAUUCUGGCAAGAGCAACCUGGACCCACUGUUCGAGGCCUACAUCAACAACCUGCGGCGGCAGCUGGCCAACCUGCUCAACGAGCGGGGCCGCAUGGAUGGGGAGCUGAAGAACAUGCAGGACCUCGUGGAGGACUUCAAGAACAAAUAUGAAGAGGAAAUCAACCGGCGCACGGCAGCAGAGAACGAAUUUGUGGUGCUCAAGAAGGACGUGGAUGCUGCUUACAUGAACAAGGUGGAACUGGAGGCCAAGGUGGACGCCCUGAGCGAUGAACUCAACUUCCUUCGAGCCCUCUACGAGGCGGAGCUGGCCCAGCUCAGCGCCCAAGUGUCUGACACCGCUGUCAUCCUGUCCAUGGACAACAACCGGGACCUGGACCUGAGCAGCAUCAUCGCCGAGGUGAAGGCGCAGUACGAGGACAUCGCCAACCGCAGCCGCGCCGAGGCCGAGGCCUGGUACCAGACCAAGUUUGAGGAGCUGCAGGCCACGGCUGGGAAACACGGCGAUGACCUGCGCAACACGAAGGGUGAAAUCUCAGAGCUCAACCGGCUCAUUCAGAGGAUCCGCUCCGAGAUAGAGAACACGAGGAACCAGUGUGCCACCCUGCAGACGGCCAUCGGGGACUCCGAGGAGCGCGGGGAGCUGGCCCUCAAGGAUGCCAAGGCAAAGAUGAUCGACCUGGAGGAUGCUCUGCAGAAAGCCAAGGCUGACAUGGCCCGGCAGCUCCGCGAGUACCAGGAGCUCAUGAACGUCAAGCUGGCCCUGGACAUCGAGAUCGCGACCUACAGGAAGCUGCUGGAGGGCGAGGAGAGCAGGCUCAGCGGGCAGGGACUGAACCCCAUCAGCUACUCAGUCAUCAGCUCCAGCUCCGGCAUGGCUGGUGGAGCUGGCUUAGGAGGAGGAUUUGGUGGACUGAGCCUGAGUGGAGGAGGCGGCGGAGGCGGUUUUGGCCUUGGAGGAGGUGGUGGAAGCAGCUUUGGUCUUGGAGGAGGUGUUGGAAGUGGUUUUGGCCUUGGAGGAGGCGGCGGGAGCAGCUUCGGUCUUGGAGUUGGCGGAGGAGGAGGAGGAGGAGGAGGAGGCUACAGCUUUGGAAGCGGAGGAGGACUUGGACUCGGGGCUGGAGGUGGAUUUGGAGGUGGAUUUGGAGGAGGGAGUGGUCUGGGCACUGCUAGCAGCUACAGCCACGCUGGAGGCGGCAGCAGCACCCUGAGCACCAGCGGAGGGAAUUUCAGCUCUGGAAGCGCAAAAGGCACCAACCCAGGUGUGAAAAUCGUCUCCAAAACCUCCUCCAGCAAAAAGAGCAUAAAAAGCCAAAGCCUGAAGAAUGCCACAGAGCCUGAGUAAAGCAAAGCCCAGACCCUCCCGUGGUUCCUCCGUUCCUCCUGCCCACCGUUCUCCCCCACCUCCAUCCCUCCAGCUGCCCUUGCCCUGCUCCUGCUCCGUAGUUCUCACACAUUUGGAUCUCAGGCCAAGAAAAGCAGUGGAACACACAGAAAACAGAGCUCUCCAACUCCCUGGAACAGGAGUUAAAGGAAAACACGGGCCUAAGUUAUUGUUCUGAAUGGGGAAUUGGUUUGGUUUUCCAUUUGUUUGUUUUAAAUAAGGCCAAGCAGUUUGUGAUUGUGGUCAGCCACAGCCAUCAGCUAAAACAGAGCAAAUAGCAGGGCAAGUUUUAGCUCAGUGCUGGCCCCCAGAAGCCCAGGGAUGGGCUGGGAAUGUGUGUUUAGCUCACCCUGCUUUGUCUUCACUGCUGGAAUGAGCCCAACCUGCUCCUUCACAAGAGAAGCUCAUCUGCAUCAGAGGUCUGGGUUA